AUGUCAAAUUACCCUCCACAAACAUAUCCUCAACAAUACCUACAAAAUGGAUACCCACCACAAGGUUAUCCACCACAAGGAUACCUACAACAAGGAUAUCCACCUCAACAAUCACAACCGGAACCACCAAAACAAAUCGCUACUAGAGAAUGUUUCCAUUGUAGUGGUGAUGGCGACAAACAAUGUUUCUUUUGUCAUGGAUCAGGAAGAAGUAAAAUCGGUGGAUUGAGUUGUAUUCAUUGUAAUGGAAAGGGAAGAGAGAAAUGUUUCCACUGUAAAGAUUAA